AUGUCGUCGAUGGAGACCUGCUGCGCUGCGCAGGGUCUCCUGCCGAUGUACGUGCCACGGGCGCUGCCCAUGCCGCCGUCGAAAGCGAUGGUACGCAACGUCUUUGUUGCUGCGGAUCUUGUGCUCUCGGUCCUCGCCGACGGCGUCCUUCUCGUUCACUCGCUCGUCUCGACUGAGCUGCUUCUUCGGUACAACCUCCUUGCCGAGUUUGCGCCCGAGCCGUGCUUUCAGGACAUAGUCGUCGAAGAUCUCCUCACCCAGAACGGGCUCGAUCCGGAGACAGCCUUUGACCCCUCGCCCGAAACGCGCAUCGGAUCCAACUGCAUUCUCGACACAACACCCGCACAGGCGGCUGGAAGAGAGCCCAAGUACAUUGUCCUCCGGCGCGUCUUUCCUGGCUACCUCUCCCACGGCACGCUCCGAACAGCACAGAUCGGCUCGGUCCUGGACGGGUCCGGCGAGCCGAUCGCGCCCAACGCCGAGUACCGGCAGCUUGACGACGUCAUUUCGUCAGUCUCCAUUGCCAUGACCUCCAUCGAGCCUGACCUUGCCACCGCCGCGGACCGACCGAUCCGGUACGGAGACUACCCGCGGGUCUCGUCAACCUCGUUUUUUGUCCGAUUCCGCAUCCUCUCGUGCGUUCAAUUUGACCUCGCGUUCAUCAUGCACGUCGACUACUCGCCGUCGGGCAUUCCGGUGGCGCCGGCGAGGCUCUCUCGGGUCUACCUCGAUCCGAUUCGUGACGUCGUCGACAUCUACGCCCAGCUCGAUGUGGUGGGCAGCAAGCUGAUUGGCAUUGGGCGACUCACAAUGGGCCAGGCGCUCUUUGCUGUCGACAUUGGUCAUCUCAUGGCCCGGCCUGGGCUCGAUCCUCCGCCACACGAGCCGCGCGCCUCGCCUCGCAUGGCGGCCAUCAACCUCGAGGACUUUCCCGGAGGCAUAGCCUUUGCCACCAAGACGCUCAUUCACUGGCCAAAGGUGGCGCCAGGCGCUGCGCCGGCGCCGUAUCCGCCCGGCCACCUCUCGGCGGGCGGGCAGUACUCAGACGCGUUUAUUGCCGCUGGAAAACCUGAAGAUUUGACCACCGCGGAAGCGCCAGGAUGUGAGUAUGCCAUCGUCACAAGCUCCAUCGAAUGGUCGACCGUCUACCUGUACGCGGUGAGUGCCGACUGGCACGACUUGUAUCUUGCCGCUGUCGUCAACACGCCGCGCGUCUUUCGCAUUGCCUCCUUUGAUAUCAUCCACCACGCCGAGCCGACUCCUGACGGCAGUCUCGAGCUGGAGCUCUCGUACUCGUCGCUCCGUGAGGGAUUCCGCAUGCAUCGCCGCGUCCUUCCGUCGUCGGCGACCAUCCGAUGCCGCCUGCCCCACAUCGCGAGCCGCCGUCUCGGGCGCGGCCGUCCACCGCUACAAGUCAACUCGGACGAGUGGGACAUUUCGGGCUUUGCGCUCAUCACCCUCCGCGCACAGGUUCUCGGCUGGCACGGCAUGCUCGACGGCGACGACGGGCUCCUGGCCCCAUCCGACGAGCCAGCGCUCGAUCGCAUUCCCGUCGCCACGCCGGACGCGCCCAAGUACGCCGUUGCGGAUCCGGCGGUCGACGCGUCGACGCUCUCGCCAGACCUCCUUCGCGAGGAUCUCGACGAGAGCCUGCCGUGCGUUGUCUCGGCAUCGGUCAACCAGACGAGCAUUCCCUGGCUCAAUGUGGUGACGCCUGUGGAGAUGAAGAUGAGCAGCGCCUUUGUUGGCGGCGGCUGGCUUCUUCUCGUGGGCAACGUCGAUUUUAUGCCCGGCUCGCACAUCUUUGUAUUUUCGCCGCAGCCGGCCGCGGCAGCCGGGGCCCCGGCGACAAGACCGCUCCUCGCGGGCAGGCUUCCAGCAGACGUUGCGACCGUCAUCAGCCCGCUCGCAGGCCUUCUCUACUACUCGGGCAUCAUGACGUCGCGGCGGCUGGUGGCGCUGCGAUUCAGCCUCCUGGUGAGCCUCUUUUGGCUUCCAGUCGGCUCGAUCGUCUGGUGGCGCGCCGGGCACGCGCUCGGUUGGGCUUGGCUCGCGGCCACUGUCCCGGUCGCAGGCAUGGCAGCGAUGGCGGCGGCUGGCAUCCGCGCACUCGCAACCAACUCGGCCGCCGCCCACCACUAUGUCAGUGCAGUCCCACUCACUGCGUUUGCCGGCAUUUUCGCCCGCUUGCUCAGCACCGGCGGUUAUGUGCCGGAAGCGCUUCCAGCAGUCGCUCUCGCCGGCAUCGCCACUGGCUUCUCGCACCGAGUCGAGUCGCUGGCGUCGUACACGAGCUCAAGCCUCCUCCUCCCGUUGAAUCCGACGCACUGGUUCUAUUGCGUCUUUGCGCUGUACCUCAUCUUUGCGACUGGAGCCGGCGUAGGCUCACCUGGCUGGUUCGUCCUCGUCCUCGUCUACAACGUCAUUACCGGAUUGGCUAUUGCGACCAGCGCGGUGACCAUCGGGGCCACUGCCGUUGGCCCGACCACCUACAUCGGCGGCUCGCUGCAGAAUCCGACAACAGCUGCAAACAACGACCCGCUCGUGCCGCGUGGGAGCAACCUCGCGCGCCUUGUUGCCGUCCUCGGCGUGGUCGUUGCACUCUGGUUCGCUGCGCUCGCGUGGAUGCUCGGUUACAUCGACCCGGUGACGCCGCUAAUGGAAGUCGACAACAGACUCGACGCUUACACCAUGAUGUCUCCUGCAACCACCGAUGCCAUCGACAAGUUCCUGGCGUCGGCGCUGCCCGCCGUCCGACGAGCGAGCUACGCCUUUCAGCUCGAUCUCCUCUACGGCUUUGAUGCCGGAAGUAUGUGUGCGGCCGCCGAGCGUCUCGCCUCGUGCGGCCUUCGCAACAUCACAGCAGGCGAGUUGAUGUGA